AUGACGUACUUCCCUUGCGGGCUACCUUCAAAAUGCAAGGUAGCCUGCAAGGAAAACCUUCUGUGUCUCGAUUCGCCUCAACGUAGACUCGUUUGGAUACUGCUUACGUCCCGAAAACGCUCCGACAAACCGUUUAUGAAUCCGUCAACUCUUCGUGGAGACCUUCUGUGUCUCGAUUUCCUUCAACGUAGACUCGUUUGGAUACUACCUUACGUCCCGAAAACGCUCCGACAAACCGUUUAUGAAUCCGUCAACUCUUCGUGGAGACGCUCCAACAAACCAUUUACGAAUCCAUCAUCCCUUCGUGGAGACCUUCCUGUGGCUCAAUUUCCUUCAACAUAG